AUGAAUUUGCUCUCAUAUAAUAUCCGUGGUGGGGGUUCUCUUUUGAAAAGAAAGAGAGUGAGUUUUUUGAUUAAAUCUUUUAAUAUUGAUGUGUGUCUCAUUCAAGAAACAAAAGUUGCUGAUUUUUCUGAGCCUUUAGCCAAGAGUUUCUGGGGUUGUAGUGGUGUGGAAUGGACUGCUUCAAAUUCUGUAGGAGCGGCAGGAGGUAUGGUGAUUCUUUGGAGGAAGGAUUUUUUAUCUCUCAAUUAUAGUUUUCGUGGAGAAGGAUAUGUGGGAGUCAAUUUCUUUUGGAAAGGUGAUUGUUAUAACAUUGUGAAUGUGUAUGCUCCGUGUAGUUCGGUGGAAAGAAGACAAGUUUGGAGGUCGUUAGUGGAGAGAAAAAAUAAGAGUGUUAAUGAAGAGUGGUGUGUGGUGGGGGAUUUUAAUGAAAUUGUGGGAAGGGAAGAAAGAUUUGGAGAUGGGUCUCUCUCUAUCUCUAGAGGUAUGUCGGAGUUUCGCGAAUUCAUAGAAAACAUGGAUUUGGUGGACAUCCCUUGUGUUGGAGGGAAGUACACAUGGUUCAAAGAUAACGGGAAGGCGAUGAGUAGACUUGAUAGAUUUUUAGUUUCAAGGAGAUUACUUGACCUAUGGGGGUGGUGGAUCAAAUAA